GUAAAAAAAAGAAGAAGAAAACCCUUAUAGUCAAACCAGCCACCAUUUCUUCUCAUCCAAAUCCCUCUACAUAAAGUUUGAAGAUCAUAUCACCCCCACCACUUAAUCCCAUAAGCUACAAGCCAUGGCAUCUCUUAAAGUAACCAUAGCGUUCAUGAUGCUAUUGCUUCUUCAAGAAUCAGAGGCAGCAAUCUCAUGCAAUGACGUGACAAAGGACUUGACGCCAUGCGUGAGCUACCUCAUGAGCGGCAGUGGGAAGCCGCCAAGCGCAUGCUGCGAUGGUGCCAAAGCGCUGUCAUUGGCAGCCACAAGCAGUGAUGACAAGAAGGCUGCAUGCCAAUGCAUCAAAUCAGUUGCUGGUAAUGUGAAAUACAACGCUAAAUUGGCUGAAGAUCUUCCUGGAAAUUGCGGCAUUACACUGCCUUUUAGCAUCUCCGCUGGAAUUGACUGUUCCAAGAUUAGUUGAUUAUGAGACGGGAGCUGGCAGCAUUCUACUAUAAACUUGGAGAAAUUAGUAUUUAUUAUUAUGUAAUCAAAUAAAAUAAAAGUAGCUGGAAUGGAAUCUAAUCUCGUGGAAUUUUAGAUUCCUUUUAUGUCUUCAUAUCAUGUGCUCUGAGUGUACCUUUGUUUCUUCUUAUAUUCAUAUAAAAAUAUGUUAUCCUAUUAUU